UUUUUGUUGUUACAUUUUCAUUAAUUAGGUUUUCAUUACUGUUGCAGUGUCCUAAGCAAUGCCCUAAUUGCUAAUGUUUUGCUCUAUUUUCUGCAUCUGCCUUUCAUUUGGUAGCUACCUGAUGGCAUCUGAUAAAAUUGUCUGCAUAUUCAAAAUGCAUUUGCCUUGUUUGUGGUCUAAUAUUUGUUUUCUUCCCCUCUAGGAAAACACAUUAUAGAUUGUAUUUUUCCCCCUUAUUCUACGGACUUAGUGUAAACAUGUUUUUUUCUGUUUGAACUUAGUUUUUAAAAAUCAUUACCAUAGAUUCAUAUCUACUAUAAGAAACAGGAUAGUUAAACCAUGAGUUGUGGAAAGGAGUUUGUGGAAACACUGAAAAAAAUUGGUUAUCCUAAAGCUGAUAUUCUUAAUGGAGAAGAUUUUGACUGGCUGUUUGACACUAUUGACUUUGAGUCAUUUUUGAAAUGGUUUUGUGGGAAUGUGAAUGAACAGAAUGUAUUAUCUGAAAAAGAAUUAGAAGAUUUCAGUGUUCUUCAAAGAUCAGGGAAACCCAUCCUAGAAGGAACAGCGUUGGAUGAAGUUCUUAGAACCUGUAAGACUUUUGAUUUGAAGACACCUACACUGGAUGACAAAGAGAUACAGAAAUUAGAGGAUGAGGUUCAAACUCUGCAGAAAUUAAAUAACUUAAAAUUUCAGCGACGGAAUAAAUACCAGUUAAUGGCUUCUGAAACUAGCUACAAAUCUCUGACAUUAAAUGCUAAACAAGAGGAAGCGACUAAGAAGAUGAAACAGAGUCAAAGACUCCUCAACACUGUGAUUACUAAGCUCAGUAAUGAACUUCAGGUUCUUACUGAGGGAGUUAACGAUUUGAUGAUAUUCUUCAGACAUUCUAAUUUAGGUCAAGGGACAAAUCCAUUGGUAUUUUUAUCUCAAUUUCCCUUGGAAAAAUAUGUAAGGCAAGAAGAGCAGAGCACAGGAGCCUUAACCAUAUAUACCAAAAAGCAAUUCUUUCAGGGUAUACAUGAAGUAGUUGAAAGUUCAAAUGAAGAAAAUUUUCAGCUCUUGGAUAUACAAACACCAUCUAUUUGUGAUAAUGAAGAAAUCCUUGGGGAAAGACGACUGGAGAUGGCUAGGUUGCAGAUAGCGUACAUCUGUGCCCAACAACAGAUCAUAUACUUUAAAGCAAGUAAUUUGAGCAUGAAGUCAAGUAUAAAAUGGGCAGAAGAGAAUCUUCAUAGCCUAACCAUCAAGGCAGUUGGUGAAGAAAAUUUGGAUGCUAAAAUUUCUAGCUUGAACAGUGAGAUUCUAAAACUUAAAGAACAAAUCACUCAUGUGAAAGACAAAAUUCUGUCUGCUGUGGUAAAAGAGAAUGCCCAGUUACUGAACAUGCCGGUAGUAAAGGGAGAUUUUGAUCUGCAGAUAGCUAAACAAGAUUAUUAUACAGCAAAACAAGAGUUUGUUUUAAAUCAGUUGAUAAAACAAAAGGCAUCAUUUGAGCUUGUACAGUUAUCAUAUGAAAUUGAAUUGAGAAGACAUUGGGAUACAUAUUGGCAACUUGAAAAUUUGGUUCAACAACUUAGUCAAAGAAAUGUGGUGCUCUGUCAGCAAUUAGAAACAUUAACAGAUCCAUUGGCACCUGAGCAGUUAAGCUCCAGGACACCCAUCAACACUAAAGAUUAUUCUACUUAUAGGCUUUAUCAACUUUUAGAAGGAGACAAUAAGAAAAAAGAAUUGUUUAUAACCCAGGAACACCUGGAGGAAGAGGCUGAGAAAUUGAAACAAGAUGUUUCUCUAAUACAAGAUCAGUUGGCAGUAUCUACUCAAGAGCAGUUUCUCUUUAUGUCCAAACUGAAUAAUGAUGUGGACAUGCUUUGUGAUGCUUUGUAUCACGGAGGGAACCAGCUAUUGCUUUGUGAUCAGGAGUUAAUGGAGCAUUUUCAUCAAGUUGAAUCUAAGUUGAAUCAACUGAAUCAUCUUCUUACUGAUAUUCUUGCUGAUGUGAAGACAAAAAGAAAAAUUUUGGCAACAAAUAAAUUGCAUCAAGUGGAAAGAGAAUUAUAUGUAUAUUUUUUUAAAGAUGAAGACUAUCUAAAAGAUGUUGUGGAAAAUUUGGAAAACCAGUUAAAGAUUAAGACCCCUGGUCUUAAAAACUGAAUCUUUACUGUGCCUGCUGUGUUUUGAUUUUUAAGUAUUAAGAGGCUAUUUUAAUAAACACUACUAAUUUUUUUUUACAUUUAUUUAGUUUGUGGGGAGGGAUGCAUGUAUGUGCAGCCUUGUGUAUUAGUGUGUACCAUGAUGAUAUGUGGAGAUAAGAGAAUAUUUUGCAGGAGUUCUGUUAUCCUACCACAAGAGCUCUGGGAAUGGAAAUCAAAUCAUCGGUCUUGGUGGCAGUGAUCUCAUCAGAUUCGGUGCAAAUAAGUCUAUGAAUUUAAGAACAUUUUGUUUUAAUAGAUUCUGUGUCAAUAGACUCAGAACUUCCCUAAUCUGAAAUGUUUAAAUACUCCAAAAUCUGAAACUUUAUAAGCAACUGGGAUAUUUCUCAAGCGAAAAAAAAAUCUAUAUCUGAUCUUACAUGAUAGGUCAGAGUCACAAAAUACAUACUAAAUUAUAAAACUACCUUCAGUCUUAUUUGUAUAGAAUUUGAAAUAUAAAUGGAUUUCCCAUUUUGACUUGGGUUCUAUCCUAAAACAUCUAACUGUAUGUAUACAAAAAUUAAAAUAUCUGAAACACUUUGGUCCCACUCAUUUAGGGAAGGGGAUAUUAAGUUUGUGACGUUGGUUUUUAACCCAUGUAACCAUUGACAGAGUAGAAGUGCUGUGCUUUUGUAGCGUUGACUGGCCAGACCUGGCUUGAAGUUACGAUCAUCCAGUGCAUGCAUACUAUACAAAUGAAUAUAAUUAAACCCCUUAAAUUGGCAUUUUUCUGUUAUUGAGUAUUUUAUAGGAUUUUGAGUUUUGUUUUUUAAGGUUUUAGUUAUAUGAGGUCAACUGUGAUCUGAAAAUACGGAAUUGUAGAAAAUCACAGAAAUGAAGUUUUAAGUUGUAUGCUUUCCUAUGUAUGUUGUGAACUCUGAAACCUCCCACCUGGGAUGUGUUGUACCUUUGUUCAGUAUAUGUGCGCUGCAUAAUGACCUUUUUUACUAGUCACUUAAUACCUGAUAGUUAGCAGAUACAUAGAUUUCGAUACUAUGUGCAGUUUCAUUGGGGUUUUGAAUUUUAUCCUCUGUCAGUAAAAUAAUACUAUUGUAUAUUCAAUAGCCAAGUCUUGUAUUUGACUAAAGUAAAAUUCUGCUGCUGGAAGUAUUUCCCCCUAAUUCUCUAUUGUAAUCUUUGAGAAGUUCCAGUGUGUCUACUUGCACCACAGAUUUUGAACAUUUCCAUUUUAGGGGUUAAGUUGUCCCAUACUAGAGCUUUGACCGGUGUGAUUAUAACAUGAGUAAUGAAAUUUAA